GAGGAGGAGGAGGUCUCUGUGAAAGCUCUGAUUAUUCAGGUGAAACCGUUUGAGCUGAGAACAAAACCUCCUCAGUCUGACUCUGGACUCAGAGAGAUCUGCUGCUGCACCGCGAAAGAUGAGUGAUGUCCGGCUGUCUGCAGCCUCCUCUCCCGUCUCCAAGGUGACAGCCCUGUCACCAGGAUGCAGUUCCCGUAGCAACGAACCUCCAGCCUUCAUCCUCCCUCCCCGUAACGCCCGGGUGACCCUGGGGGGAGACGCCCGCCUGGAGGGGAAGGUGCAUGGUCAUCCUGAACCCCAGGUCACAUGGUACAGAGAGGGGAAGGCUGUGAUUGGAGGAGAUCGUCAUGUUCUGGCUCAGAGUGGACGGGGGACCUUCAGCCUGGUGGUGCUCGGAGUCACAGAGGAAGACCUGGGCCGGUACACCUGUCAGGCAACCAAUCAGGCAGGGAGCAGACAGGUUACCGUGGAGAUCCUGCUAGAAGAGAACUCAGGGAAGAAAUACGGCCUCCCGUCCUCCAUCAGAACAGGGUGUCGCUCUACAGUCCCAGCGGUAGCAAACAGGCCGAGUAUUUGGAGUGAGAGUCCGCCAAAGUUUGUCACCAAACCAGGCAGAGUGCCCGCCAAACUGGGACAGACGGGGAAGUUCACCGCCAAGACCACAGGACGCCCUCAGCCCCAGGUCACAUGGUACAAGGGGGAGGCGGAGCUUCAGUUGUGUGGUCGUGUCUCUAUGUACGAGCGCUCUGGCCUCCACUUCCUCGAGAUUAAGGAAGUGAGAGCAGAGGACGCAGGAAGUUACACCUGCCUGGUUACUAACAGCGCUGGAUCUGCAUCAGCUUCAGCCAUGCUCAGUAUCCCAGACGUUCCAGCAAGCAGCUCCAGCUCGGUUCAAUCAGCAGAGAUCUCACAGCUCAGCAGCAGAGAGAACAGAGACCACACAGCUGCUCCCAGUACUCCCAGUGCUCCCAGCUCUCAGCCCCAGCAGCUAGAACCUACAGAGAUCAACACUGAGAGCGCACAGUCUCAGAGCGGCUGGAGGGUCAGACCUCCUGUACUGCCCCCUCCUGUGGCUGAGAGGAGAACUACAGCUGCUCAGGUCCAGUCACGCGGUUCUGUUCCAGUUCAAACCGGUUCAGACCAGAAAGCGGUGCUCGGCUCUGACAGCAGGAGGGCUGUAAAGAGGUCUGUGUCGGGGUCCACUCUACGGUUCGAGGCUGUUCCUUUGGACCAGGAGGCCACAGAGGGAGCUCAGGUCACAUUUACCUGCCAAGUGUCUUCAGCCAUCGUUGCCAAGGUAACAUGGCUGAAGGACGGCACCCCACUGAGGAUGGGACCAGGUCUUCAGCAGAGACAGGAUGGGACCCGUCUGACCCUGACCAUGGAGAGGGUGAGACGGGGGGGCGAGGGGACGUAUGGAUGUGAGCUGAUCACCGCUGAUGGACUCACUGUGACCUCAGCAACAUGGACGCUCAGAGUCAGCGGCUGCAGACGGCAGGCCCACGGGUCAGAGGUCACAGAGGCUCCACGUUUCGUACGCCGCCUUGCCGACCUGAAGGUGAUGGACGGCAGCAGAGUGGCCAUGACGGUGGAGCUGACGGGUCACCCCCCUCCAGACGUUGUGUGGCUCCAUGACGGACAGGAAGUGACAGAGUCUGAGGACUUCCACCUCCUUAGAGAGCAGAACCGCUGCACUUUGCUGAUCCAGGAGGUUUUCCCCGAGGAUAACGGGGUCUACAGCUGUCAGGCCUGGAACCAGUAUGGAGAGGACGCCACUCAGUGCCAGCUCACUGUGGAAGAGCCUCAGGACGGCGUCCAGCCCUGGUUCAUCACUAAACCCAAACCUGUGAGUGCCGUAGUUGGUCAGCAUGUCCUCCUGUCCUGUGCCAUUGCCGGGGACCCGUUCCCUCAGUACACCUGGACCAGAGCAGAACUGAGCCGACCUUUGACCUCUGGAGGAGACUACGAGCUGCUGCAGAAAGAGGACGUGGUGUCUCUGCUGAUCAGGAGAGUGAGGAAGCAUCACGCUGGAGAAUACCUGAUCACUCUGAGGAACACGGUGGGGGAGUGCAGCGCUGUGGCCAGUCUGUCAGUCACUGACGGAGAGACGGACAGGACGAGGGAACGAGGACGACCUGGAGACGACUACAGCUCCACAGCAGGAGGAAGAGGAGGAGGAGGAGGAGCCGGUGGGACCUUUGGGCUGAGAGGAGGAGCCAGAGGAGGAGGAGGAGGCGUGGAGCAGAGAAGCAGCAGGAGCAGCGUUGGUGUCAGUCGGCAGGAGGCCAACCAGGAGCAGAAGGAGAGCCAGCAGCUCCUGCACCUGCAGCAGGAGGAGGAGAAGAAGGAGGACCAGGACUCAACCGCCACUCCCCGAGGCCUCCUCAGACGCUGCGUGGACACCAGGGAGCGCAGAGAAGAGGAGCUGCGACAGAGGGAGGCGCAGCAGCUGGACUUCCGCUCCCUGCUGGGACGCCGAGCUUUCAACACCAAAACCAGCCAGGAAGAGGAGCAGAAGGAGGCCGGCCUCGCCGCCGAGCACUGCCUCCACAAGAUGGAUUUUAAAGCCAACCUGAAGAGCGUCAAACCCAAGACGGAGGAGAACAAGACCGCCUCCCCCGGACAGGUCGACUUCCGCUCCAUGCUGGGGAAGAAAGGCCCCGCCGGCAACGGAAACAAACCAGCAGAGUCACCUGCAAAGAACGCCGCAGACUUCCGCUCCGUCCUCUCCAACAAGAAGAAACCAGGAAGCCCCGAGAAGAAUGGCGAGGGUGGGAAGACGGAGGUGAAGAACUGUGUGGACGGCGGGAUUAAUGAGAAGAAGAGCGGAGGAGGAGGAGGAGGGAAGGCUCCAGAGUUUGUGGAGAAGCUAAGUGACGUGACGGUGCUGGACGGGCAGCGGCUCCGGCUACAGUGUCGCCUCGCUGCCGGGACCGAUGCUGCCGUCACCUGGACGCUGGAGGGAAAGGUCAUCAAGCCGUCCAAGUUCAUCAUCCUCGCCAACGAAGGCGGCCUGUGCUCUCUGACCAUAGACAAAGCUCUCCCUGAGGAUGAAGGAAAGUAUAAAUGCAGAGCAGAAACCUCGGCAGGGACGGCUGAAUGUUCCUGUACGGUUCUAGUCGACGACCCCACAGAAAACUCUCCGGCUGACAAGAAGUCGAAGAAGGCGACUCCGACCUCAGAGAGUGAAGCCAGAAUAAAGAAACCGACAGCAAAGACUCCUCCGAAACAAGCCCUCCCUCCUCAGAUUCUCCAGUUUCCAGAGGAUAUGAAGAUUUUAGCCGGAGAGAAGGUCGAGAUCCUCUGCAAGUUCUCUGGAGCUCCGCCCAUCAACUGUACCUGGCUCAAGUUCAGGAAACCAAUCCAGGAGGGUACGGCUGACAUCACCAUCGAGAGCAACGACAGCAGCUCCAAACUGACCAUCGGCAGCGGCCAGCAGGAGCACUGUGGCUGUUACACCAUCGAGCUGAGGAACAGCUACGGCCUCCGCCAGGCGGCGCUCAACCUCACCAUCGUCGACAAACCCGACCCCCCAGCGAAGAUCCCAGCACUCUCAGAUAUCCGGCGCUCCAGUCUGACCCUGUCCUGGUACGGGCCAACAUAUGACGGCGGCAGUGCCGUGCAGUCGUACAACCUGGAGAUCUGGGACUCAGUGGAGCCCACAUGGAAACACCUGGUGUCGUGUAACAGCACUUCCUACAACAUACAGAACCUUCUCCCAGAGCGUCAGUACAAGUUUCGGAUUCGAGCAGAGAACAUCUACGGAGUCGGAGAGCCGAGCGCCGAGUCUGAGGCGGUGACGGUCGGACUGGUGGACGACGAUAACCUGGACGAGGCCGAGGCAGAGGAGGAGGACGACGACUCAGAGAAGGAGCCAGACUACAGGGAAGUGAGCAUCAGGACAGACGUGAAGGUGAAGGAGCUCUACGAUGUGGAGGAGAGGCUGGGAACGGGGAAGUUCGGUCAGGUGUUCAAACUAGUGGAAAAAGCCACCAAGAAAGUUUGGGCGGGAAAAUUCAUCAAGGCGUACUCGGCGAAGGAGAAGGAGAACGUCCGGCAGGAGAUCGGCAUCAUGAACAGCCUCCACCACCCCAAACUGGUCCAGUGCAUCGACGCCUUCGAGGGCAAGUCUGACAUCGUCAUGGUGCUGGAAAUGAUCUCCGGCGGCGAGCUGUUUGAGCGGAUCAUCGACGAGGACUUUGAGCUGACGGAGAGAGAAGUCAUCAAAUACAUGCUGCAGAUCGUGGACGGGGUCGGCUUCAUCCACAAGCAGGGAAUCGUCCACCUGGACCUCAAACCUGAAAACAUCAUGUGUGUCAACAAGACGGGCAGCAAGAUCAAACUCAUCGACUUCGGACUGGCCAGGCGACUAGAGAACGCCGGCACUCUGAAGGUCUUGUUUGGCACCCCGGAGUUCGUGGCCCCUGAAGUGAUUAAUUAUGAAGCCAUCAGUUAUGAGACAGACAUGUGGAGUAUAGGAGUCAUCUGUUAUAUACUGCUGAGCGGUCUCUCUCCGUUUAUGGGCGAUAACGACAACGAGACCCUGUCGAACGUCACGUCGGCCACCUGGGACUUUGAGGACGAGGCGUUCGAUGAGAUCUCGGACACGGCCAAAGACUUCAUCACCAACCUGCUGAAGAAAGACAAGAAGGCUCGUCUGAGCUGUCCUCAGUGUUUCGAACACCCCUGGCUCAAACAGGACACCAACACCAUGAAGACCAAGAAACUGUCCAAAGAGAGGAUGAAGAAGUACAUCCUCAGGAGAAAGUGGCAGGUAAACAGAAAGGGACACCAAACUAGGUCCAUUCAUCGAUGGUUCAUUCUGAUGGCUGGAGUCAGCGCCAAGAAAGGCUGUUCUCCUCCAGAGGAUAAUCAGUUCCUGGAGUGUUUGGAGUACGAACAGAAGACGGAGUGUAAGCCAACAUUCAGCUCCGUUAUCAAAGACGUGGAGGUGGUGGAGGGCAGCGCCGCCCGCUUCGACUGUAAAAUCGAAGGUUACCCUGACCCUGAGGUGGUUUGGUACAAAGACGACCAGCCGAUCAAAGAGACCCGACACUUCCAGAUCGACUACGACGAGGAGGGGAACUGCAGCCUUGUCAUUUCAGAGGUUUCAGGGGACGAUGACGCCAAGUACAUGGUGAAGGCGGUGAACAGCCUCGGGGAGGCGACGUGCACUGCCGACCUUCUGGUGGAGGUGAUGGCUGGAGAGGAGGAGGAGGAGGAAGAGGAGGAGGAGGAAGAGUAAUGACUCACACAGGAGGAGGAGGGGCCUGUCACAGCUGAGCGGGAUAAACAGACCAAUAAUAUCAUAACGUGUUGUUACAGGAGGGGCGCGUGGGCGGGGUUUAUGGUCAUAAACAUCACAGUAUUGUAACGUGGCUGUAUUCAGAACGGUCUGCUACAUCCUCCAGCAGACGGCGGUAUCUUUGGACAGCAGCAUGUGGCGGUGGUUUGGCCGUCAAUCGUGGUUCUAGCAUCAGGAAGCUAACGGCUAACACAGCUGCCUUCAGCUUCUAGGAGGUAAAUUCACCACCAUGUGGUUCUCACCACUGCAGGGUUAAGCUAACACGGUUAAAGCGUCAUUCAGUCACAUGACGUCAUCCUGGUUAUCCUGCUCCAAUCAGACGUGCCUUCACAGUAAACGUCAGUAAAUCUGUCGCUGUCCACCGUUUCUAGCUCUGACUGGUUGGUGCUUUGCAUUAUGGGAAGGAGGGGGUAUGCUGCAGACUUUAUUGAACCAGUACGUUGUCCUGGUACUUUGGCGUGCUCCAGACCUCAUGUUGUUUUCAGACUGCUGAGUCAGUGAGCAUGUAGACGACGGUUUCGAGUACAGCCAUGGUCUCAGACUCUCCGAUCAUCAUCUUAUUCCUGUAUGAUUUAUUUAUUCAGCACCAGGCUGGAAUAAACCCCGCCCACAUGACACGCCCCGCCUUCCCCGGGUUAGCGUCUCUUCAUCAGCAGGUUCCCUCUCAAAGAUGAAGGACUGAAACGAUCGUUUAGAGUCCUGGUUCCGAGACUGAAGAGUCUUAAAGUAAAGAUGUUAUUUUAGAUGAAUGAACACGUUUCACCGAAACAGAACAGCUCAUGUUUUUCACUUUCAUUUAAACUCGUUUUAAUCAGGUUCCUUUCACUGAGAUCAGAAAAUCAGAUCUGCUGACUCAGAGGAGCGGGGUCUACUCAGAGGUCUCCUUCUUACCUCCACCAUUCAGUAAAUAGAGACUGCAGAAAUAUCAGAGGAUCAUGGGAGCUGUAGUUGAUGAUUUUCUGUAAAUAAGAACUGAUAUUUCUCUAGAAGCAUCCUGAUAGAAGAAGAAUUAAAAAGCUUUAGCUGUCAAGCUUCAGUUCAAAUAAAGGUUAGUCUGUCAGAGGAACUGUCUGAUGAAGAGUGGCUGCUACGCCCCGUCACCAAAGGCUCAUGGGAACUGAAGUCUACGUAUGGAAGAGCGUGGGCCUUAAAUCACAACACGUGUCUGUUUCAGCGUUAGAGCGGCUCUCUGUGGAGGUUCAGGAGAGGAAGAGGAGGGAUGGAUGAAGGAUGAAGAUGGUCACCCAGGUCUGAAACCGCAGAGUUUGGUCACACAGCACGAGCUCAGAACCAAAAAACUUUAAUGACAACAAAGCAUUAACAUUUUUAAAAAAAAAUCUGAUACAAGGGCUUUUAUUCUGAAUGUGAAGAAGUGAAAGUUUAGAGUUUUUUAUUCACGGAGCUUUGACCGCGGCGAGCAACCUUUUUACUGUCCAGCUCAGCAGAUCGACCUAAACAGGAAGUCAGACACAGGAACAGCAGUAGUAUCCAGUUAUUUUCAAAAUAAAAGACCAACAGCAUGUCAGCAUUUCAUCUAAAACAGGAAGUGAAUGACGCAGACGUGAAUCCUGAGCUAAGAACAGACGUUUUAUUUAGACUCAGAGACGUAAAGGUGAGGAUAAAAAGACUAAAGUGUCAGAUAAAGAUAUAAAACAUAUUUAGAAUAAAUGAAAAGAACAGCAGCACAGAGCUCUGAUCACUGCCGCCAUCACCCCAUCACACUAACAGGAAGUGACCACGGCUUAAAGACCCUGUAAAGUGAAAAUUAAUCUGUGUUUUGGUUUGUUGUAUGACAGAUCACUGUGUUAUGAACCCUAACUAAAACAUCUAUAAGUUUAUAAAUUAAGCUUCAAAAUCAUGAAAAAUGAGGCAGUAAAAUCAGCAUGGUGGAAGGUAUAAACCAGGAGUCCCUCAGGGCUCUGUGUUUGGUCCUUUAUUAUUAUUGGCUGUAUAAAGUCACCUUGUAUGCAGACGAUGUGGUUGUGUUUUCAUGCUGGAGUUCAAUCAGAGCGAGAACAGCUGCGGCGUUUGGUGAGUAAGGCUUCGCUGUUUCAUCAGUCGAUGAGUUUGUGCGGUUUUUACUCGCUGCUUUGAUCCUCUGGGACGGUAAACUUUAACGUGACCAAACUCUGCGAGUUCACGGCCGACCGUGAGGGAAUAAGAAAGACAUCAGUGUUUUAUAAAUCUGCUCUCGUCUCUGCCCGUCUGAUGUGCUCAGCUCUUUGUUUCUUUUCUGCCCUUCACGUUUUCUUCUUCCUGUUUAGUUUUGUGACUUUGACGGCGGUUUAACCAUCCAGUCAUCUUUGAGCCAACGUCACCCGUGCCUUAACCUGCUCGCCUUAACGCCACACGGGUGAUGUUUUUCUACGGCAGUCGUGUUUUUGAAGUACUCACACCAACUUUGGUCGCUACGGCGAGUCUCUGUUCAAGUCGUUUCUUUUGUUUUGUCACAUUCCAGCCGUUUGUUUGAACUCAUUUAUCGACCGUUUUUAGGAAAACCAAAGAGAGACGUCACAGGUGUGUGUGUGUGUGUGUGUGUUCCUUACCUGCCGCUGCGUGUGUGUGUUUGUUUUUCAGAAGGUUUUAUUUUAUUUAAUGCACAGAUUUAUGGUAUUAAUAUUAUCAAUAUGAGCAUCUGUCUUCAUGGAGAGCCAGCACUUCCUCUGUCACCUUCAUCAUCAUCAUCGUCAUCAUCAUUAUUAUUAUUCUGACUAUUAUUAUUAUGACCCCAUACUACGGCAGUGAGUCACUCUGAUUUGUUUUGUAUUAGGUGUAUGUAGAUGAUGUUUUUAUAAAUAUAUCUGAGUGUGAAGCGCUGCAGAGGACAUGUACGAGACACUACGACUGUAGUUACUCACAGAUUCAAUAAAUCCAUCACAAAAACAA